AUGGCUGAUCCAAUCGCAAUCGCGUCGGGGAUUGUGGGGCUGCUUUCACUUGGUAUUCAAGUCACCCAAUCUUUGGUCGACUUUUACACGGCAUACAAAGACCAGGACACCGAUGUGGCGAAGAUUGCGCAGAAUCUAGAUAAUCUUCAGGGUACCUUUCGCUCCCUUGAUGUUGCAGUACGGGAUCGCCGGUCCCAGGCCGACACGCAAGAGCUAUUUGAAGAAGUCGAGAAGGCAACACUGAGAUGCGAUAAAAUCAUCAAGGAGCUACAUAUCGAGUGCCAAAAGUUCCAGAAAGACUUGGCCGCCGGUUUCAAGGCCCGUAUUCAUGUUGCUGGGCGUCGCGCGGCCUAUCCAUUUCGGAAAAGCACCUUACAGAAGCUCGAAAAAGACGUCGGGGAGAUACGUGAAAAUUUGUCAUUCGCACUUGACGUCCUCCAACUAAAAAGCCACAAUGAGAUCCAUGGUGGCAUAUCGGAAGUCAAAUCACUUGUCGAGCGAACGAACGCUAGUCAAGUCUCUUUCACGAUUCGUGCUUGGCUUGUGGCGCCAGAUGCUUCUCUCAACCACAACGCUGCAUGUGCGAAAAGCCAUCGAAACACAGGUCUAUGGUUCGUCAACGGCCAUCACUUUCGGAAUUGGUUACACGAACGCAAUUCCUUUCUAUGGCUAAAUGGGUUUGCGGGAUGUGGCAAGUCGGUCCUCUGCUCAACGGCAAUCCAACAUACAUUCCGCGUGAUGAGACAUAUAUAUGGAGUGGGAAUCGCGUUCUUCUACUUUUCCUUCAACGACGAGGCAAAGCAAGAUGAUAACGGUAUGCUACGUGCACUGCUACUGCAACUGUCCGUACAGCUACAAGGCGGCGAAAGAGAUCUGGAGCAACUGCAUGCAUUAUAUAAAUCCGGAUCUCCACCAGUGGAUGCGCUACUUGGCUCACUUCAACGCUUUCUUAACCAAUUCCACAAUAGCUAUAUUCUGCUCGAUGCGCUCGACGAGAGUCCCCGAGACAGCAGCAGGGCUGGCGUUCUAAGAGCGAUACAGGAGAUACGCAGUUGGUCCAUAUCUAGUGUCCAUCUUUUGGUCACCAGUCGCAACGAGCGUGAUAUCCGUAAAUCCUUAGAUCCUUCUCAUCAUCAAGGUCUUUCGAUGAGGAAUUCGGAGAUCGACAGAGACAUAGAAAACUUUGUCUCUUAUGAGCUCGAGAACGACGCGAAACUUCAGAAGUGGGAAGCACGUCACGAGGAGAUUCGAACAAAAUUGACAACAGGUGCACAAGGAGUAUUCAGAUAUGUUGAAUGUCAGCUUAACGCCCUUCGGCAGGCGCUCAACCGGAACCAGCUUGACGGAUGUCUGCGCACGUUGCCCCGUGAUCUAGAUGAAACGUACGAGCGAAUCUUGUGCAGUAUCAGCGAUGAAUAUGUCGAGGACGUGAGGCGGGUUUUGACCGUGCUUUGCUUCUCCACCCGACCGCUCACAGUCAAUGAGUUAAUCGACGCACAUGCUGUUGAGCUUAGUGAGCCGCCGCAUCUUGAUCGUGACGGUCGUUCGUACGAGCAAGAUGAUCUUAUCGACAUCUGCCUUGGACUUAUCGAGAUCGCCGCCACGGAAGACAACAAUGGGCAAAACACCUUGACUGUCCGUAUAGCACAUUCCUCCGUCCAGGAGUAUCUUCAAUCAGACCGCAUCUUGCAACAAAAAGCACAAAGGUUCGCCAUGCGGAGUGCACCUGCGAAUACAGAAAUAGCCCAGAUCUGUCUGGUCUACCUCUUGGAGCCAACUCUCUCUAGGGAAACAUUAGAUCAGGCAAAGCUCACAGAGUUCCCAUUUGCUCAUUUCGCAGCCACGCAUUGGUUUCAUCAUUACGCAAACUCGAAGGAAGGGAAGACCGCAAUUGAACAACUAGUGUCCAAGCUUUUCAAAACCGAGACGAAGGCUUUCGUAACGUGGAUACGGUUACAUGACAUGGACCGUCCGUGGAAUAUGAAUGUGCAUUAUAACCGUCCUCUUACUGAUAUGGCAUUGCCUCUGUACUACGCAGGAUUGUUGGGAUUAGAAUCCGUCUUGAACAGUAUCUUACCGAUUGACACUACGGAUGCGAAUUUAUCGGAUACAGUGAAUGCUCAAGGAGGGUGGUUCGGCAAUGCACUGCAAGCCGCAGCAGAGGGAGGGCAUGAAAGGGUGGUGCAGAUGCUGCUAGAUCGAGGUGCCGACGUCAACGUCCAGGGUGGAUUCUAUGGCAAUGCACUCCAGGCCGCAUCAUACGGAGGCCAUGCAAAGGUGGUGCAGAUGCUGUUAGAUCGAGGUGCCGACGUCAACGUCCAGGGUGGAGACUAUGACAAUGCUCUCCAGGCUGCAUCGUCUGGAGGCCAUGAAAAGGCGGUGCAGAUGCUGCUAGAUCGAGGUGCCGACGUCAACGCCCAGCGUGAACAUUAUGGCAAUGCACUUCAGGCUGCAUCGCGUGGAGGCUAUGAAAAGGCGGUGCAGAUGCUGCUAGAUCGAGGUGCCGACGUCAACGCCCGGGGUGGACAUUAUGACAAUGCUCUCCAGGCCGCAUCAUACGGAGGCCAUGAAAAGGUGGUGCAGAUGCUGCUAGAUCGAGGUGCCGACGUCAACGCCCAGCAUGGACAUUAUGGCAAUGCACUUCAGUUCGCAUCAUACGGAGGCCAUGAAAAGGUGGUGCAGAUGCUGUUAGAUCGAGGUGCCGACGUCAACGCCCAGCGUGGACAUUAUGACAAUGCUCUCCAGGCUGCAUCAUACGGAGGCCAUGAAAAGGUGGUGCAGAUGCUGCUAGAUCGAGGUGCCGACGUCAACGUCAAGGGUGGAGACUAUUGCAAUGCACUCCAGGCCGCAUCGUGCGGAGGCCAUGAAAAACUGGUGAAGAUGCUCUUGGAUCGAGAUGCCGACGUUAACGUCCAGGGUGGAUUCUAUGGCAAUGCACUCCAGGCAGCGUCGUCCGGAGGCCAUGAAAAGGUGGUGCAGAUGCUGCUAGAUCGGGGUGCCGACGUCAACGUCCAGGGUGGAGACUAUGACAAUGCACUCCAGGCUGCGUCGUCCGGAGGCCAUGAAAAAGCGGUGCAGAUGCUGCUAGAUCGAGGUGCCGACGUCAACGCCCAGGGUGGACAUUAUGACAAUGCACUCCAGGCUGCAUCAUACGGAGGCCAUGAAAAGGUGGUGCAGUUGCUGCUAGAUCGAGGUGUCAACGUCAACGCCCAGGGUGGACAUUAUGACAAUGCACUCCAGGCCGCAUCGCGCGGAGGCCAUGAAAAUGUGGUGCAGAUGCUGUUAUAUCGAGGUGCCGACGUCAACGUCCAGGGUGGGCGCCACGGCAAUGCACUCCAGGCCGCAUCGCGCGGAGGCCAUGAAAAGCUGGUGCAGAUGCUCUUGGAUCGAGAUGCCGAUGUCAGCGUCAGGAGUGAAGAACUCAGUCUUCAAUAG